AUGACCGUGGACCGGAUCCUGAGCGCCGGCUGGGCGGCGACCUACGACGGCGACGAGGCGACGCUGGAGAUGACGGCGACGGUGCAGGGCGGAAGCGAAGCUGUGGUGGAGGCUCAGCAGUACGACAUCUAUUGCUGGGCGGAAGACCGUGCCGUGGACUCCCGAGGCUACGCGCGGCCGAAUUACAUGACGCACAGCUAUGCCACGACGGGCGUGGGGAACGGAAGCGUUCCAAGUGGUGGGAAGAUCGAAGCUGUUUGGGUCACAGACAGCACGCCCCCAUCCAUGCUCUUUGUGGCUGCGGAAGGGGUGAAGACUGAGGAUACCUUGCAGGUGGUCUUGCAGCUGAACGAACCUGGGACAGUGUGGUGCCAAGUAGCUGAACCUCUCACGGCUGCCAGCUCUGUCUACUGCCGGGAAGACGACAUCUCCUCCGAUCCUUCUGCUCAGUGCUAUUGGGAGACCUUCAUGAAAGGAUCGGUUGCGCUGGGCACCAGCUUCAGUGCAGAAGUCCCUCUGCCCUUCACCUACGUCCGCGUGGAAAUGAAUCGGAUCUGGCAGAAGGGGCUGACCCAAGGUGAUCCUCUCUUGCCGGAGACGGAGUACAAGAUCUUCUGCCUUGCUGAAGAUGAUUGGCCAUCCCAAGCCCAAGCCAGUGACCUCACUUCAGUCUAUUUCAAUGCAUCUUCCUUGUCGCCGCAGCGCAGCACCUUGCCCCAAGUCGUGGCUUUCAAGGACGCGGCGGGCACCAGGAGUACCCUGGACCUGAGCCCUCCGAACCUCACCGUGACCAGCGUGGGAACCACGGAGCAGCAGAUCACGGUGCUGGCGACCCUCUCCGAGCCGGGCACGGCCUGGUGCCGGGCGGUGCGUCGUGGCUUCGCCAUCCCCACCUUGCUGGAGAUUCUGGCGGCAGAUUUCAGCGUUCCUUUGCUGGUGGCGCCCUACAACGGCACUGUGACCAUGACCAGUGAGUCGGGUGUGGGUGCGGCGUGGUCUGUGCCACUGGUGCGGGGCACCGACUAUGAGGUCUAUUGCUAUGCCGAAGAUGACUCUUGCGUCGGCUGCCAACAGCCCUCCGGCAUCGACACGGCCGCCAUCGCUGCCACCCUGACGAGCGUCCGCACGAUGGACACCACCCCUCCGCAGCUCACUGCGGUGGAUCUUCGGUCCAUCGCCCGGGACACCAUUCAAGUGACCCUUCAGGCAGACGAAGGCUCGCGAGUGUGGUGCGCCGCGUGGAGCACUUUGUCAGAGAGCGACUUGAACGCCUCCAACUAUGAAGCAAACAUCAAGAACUGGGAAGGCACUUGCAAAGACUCUUGGGGCAGAGAUUGUGGCAGCUUUUGGGUUUAUGACAUGGAUGAUUUGGAGGACACCACGCUGGACGGCAUGUCCAGCGAAGACGACUACCGGCACUAUCAGACAUGGAGACACCAUGAGGAUGUGACCAUUGUUCUCAGCGGACUUCUGGAAAGCACCGAGUACGGCUACAUCUACUGCUUCGCAGAAGACGAUGAGCCGGAUGGUGCUGGAUCGGUGCCCAACAAGAUGAGCUUCGAUGUCGGUGUGGAUGCCUCGCAAGUGUCCAAACUGCAGGAGGCCUUGGGAAACGUCACCACCUUGGACGAGACGCCGCCCAGCUUCACGGAGCUCCUCAUCCAGGACCCCACCGCGUGGAACGACCGGAUCGAGGUCACCUUCGCCCUCAACGAGCCGGGCACGGCCUACUGCCGCGCCACGCGCUCCGACUCCGGAGAGGUGGAGGAGGACAUGUACAUUGGAUGGAUCCAGACAGCCCAGUGGUCCAGCGCACACGAUGGAUCGGCUGCGCCAUCCAGCAUCGUGAUCACCGCGCUGGAGAACAGCGAUGACUCGGCUCGGUUGAACGCGCCCAUCCAGGAGGCUCACCAGUACGACGUCUACUGCUGGGCAUUGGACAGCGCAGUGGACACGGCGGGAUUUCCACGAGCCAACCUCAUGCAGCAGAGCUACGUUGUCACGGAGAGCAACUCCACAAGCAGCCCUUUGGGAGGCAAGACGAAAGGAGUUUGGGUCGUAGACACAACUCCUCCGACCAUGAUCCUCGUCCAUGCCGAGGCCAUCUCAGCAGUGGAGCUUCAGGUGAUCCUGCAGCUGGACGAGCCAGGGACUGUUUGGUGUCAGCCCAGUGAUAUGGCUGGCAUAGCCACACAAUGCCAAAGCAUGGACAUCCAGAACGAAUCCGCCAGUGCUGACUGCUAUUGGCUAAACUUUAUUCAAGGCAACAACUUCAGGGCCGAGGUCCAUGAAGCCUUUGUGGAUUACUCGAUCAAUAUGAAUCUGUUGUAUCCCAUUGGCAGCAAUGCAUCGGAAGCUCUCACCUCAGAGUCCCAGUACGAAGUCUUUUGCUAUGCCGAAGAUGACUGGAGCGACCAGGCGAAUGGUGCGCCGCUGAGCUCGGUGAACUUCGUCACGCAGAGCCUGCGGAAUGCGGUGAGCUUUGCAGAUGCCAACGUCGUGAGGACUUCGAUCGGAGUGCAACGAACCUUGGACACCUCUCCGCCCAGCUUCACCAUGCUGGCGAUCGAAGAUCCCACUGUGGCCAACGACAGGAUCGUGGUGACCUUCACUUUGAAUGAACCUGGUACAGCCUACUGUCGUCCCACUCGCUCCGACUCCGGGCAAACCGCGGCCGACAUGACGCUGCACCGGAUCCUGAGCGCCGGCUGGUUCGCGGGUCAUGAUGGUGGAACAUCCGCCAGCAGCAUCACAAUCUCGAAGUUGGAGAAUGCAGUGGAAGCAGUGCCCAUCUAUGAAGCUUCACAGUAUGACAUAUACUGCGCGGCCAAAGAUACUGCGGUGGAUUCAAAGGGCUUUGCGAUCCCGAAUUGGAUGUCCUUCAGCUACAUCGCGAAUGCGAUCGGUUCUCCGAGUACACCAUCUGGUGGCUUCACCUCGAACGUUUGGGUGGUGGAUUCCACUCCACCGGAGCUUAUUUUGGUGGACGUCUUUGCACCCAGUGAGUCUUCUCUUCAGAUUCGCUUGCAGCUGAAUGAGCCGGGCACAGUGUGGUGUGCUCCUGUCGAGGUGGAGAACUCCACGUUUUGCACGUUCGAGGACAUCUCCAACGUCUCGGGCUCUCCUUGUGACUACGAGAGCUUCAUCCAAGGUGAUGCGAUGCUACAGGCCGUCUUCUAUGCAGAGGUGUCAGAAGCUCACAAAGAUGUGGACAUCAAGAUGGACCGCAUCAUGACUCGCGACGGACAACAAAGCUACCCCUUGGAGCAUCAGCACCAGUACUGGAUCUUUUGCUUUGCGGAGGAUGACUGGCCUCUCCAGGCGGCCGCUGGAAUGAACUCCUCGAACUUUGUCGCACCAGCAGAGGCCAACAGGAUCUCCUUGAGAACUGCUCAAGACUUUGCCAACUUGACUGGCUUGAUCACUACUUUGGACCAGAGCCCUCCUAGCUUCAGCUUCUUACACAUCGAGGACCCCACCGUGGCCAACGAUCGCCUCCACGUGAUCUUCGCGCUCAACGAGCCGGGCACUGCCUACUGUCGGGCCGUGCGGUUGGACAGCGGGGAGACGCCCGCGGACAUGAGCAUCACACGGAUUUUGACGGCGCAAUGGAUGGCCAGCAAUGAUGGGAUGAGCAACUCCAGCAUCGAAAUCACGCAGUUGGAGAAUGUAGAUCCCAGGUUGACGGGCCGAGACGACCAGGUGGUACCGAUCGUCGAGGCCACGCAGUACGAUGUGUAUUGCUGGGCACAGGAUACAGCUGUGGACAGCUAUGGAUAUCCAAAGUCCAACUACAUGGACAUCGAGUAUGUCAGAACCGAUGUGCAGUCUUCCACCGAGCCGCAGGGUGGUCGAAGCCCAGGAGUUUGGGUGGUGGAUACCACGCCUCCCAGCAUGACCCUGGUGCGGGCAGAAGGCAUCUCCGGGGACACGCUGCAAGUGACCUUGCAACUGGAUGAGCCUGGAACCGUCUGGUGUGCAGCGGUCCAAAUGGGCUCCGACCUCAUCUAUUGCCUCCCUGGCACUGUAGCCUCUGGUGGCAGCUUCUCAGCCUCGGCCGGCCUUUGCGAGUACGAGACCCUGAUCAAGGGUGACACCAACGCCAGCUUCUCAACGGAGGUGCCUCAGGCCUUUUCCUCGGUGCAAGUGGAGGUGAGCCGGAUCCUUCGCAAGGAUCUCUCUGCUGCCGAUGCCUUGACCUCCGAAACGGCCUACCACGUCUAUUGCUUCGCAGAGGACGACUGGCCCUCCGACGCCCAAGGGGCGGCCAGGCGAUCGCAGUCAUACGUGAGCCACCCCGCGGAGCCAAACAAAGUGACGUUGGAGGAUGUGCUCAACUUCAGCAGUACAUUCUCUUCGCCCACCACUUUGGACGUGUCGCCACCCAGCUUCACGCUUCUGCAAGUACAGGACCCAACAGCUCUGAACACUCAGAUUGAGGUGGUUUUCGCCUUGAACGAGGCUGGUACGGCAUACUGUCGACCACUGCGGAGUGAUAGUGCAGAGGCUGCCAAAGCCAUGGACCUCAAUGUCAUUAUCAGCGCUGGCUGGUCUGCCAGACAUGAUCCUCUCACCAGUGAGAACAGCAGCAUCAUCAUGACGGGCACACGGCCUCUGAAGGAGCUGGAUGAGGCCAAGCAGUAUGACGUCUAUUGCUGGGCUCAGGAUGAGGCGAAGACCAACUUCGGGUAUCCCCGCCCGCAGUACAUGACGCAGGCCUAUGUCGGCUCGGACGUGGGAGUCGUGAACGCUCCGAGCGGAGGGAAGACCAGCAAGGUCUGGGUUGUGGACUCCACUGCUCCACGGAUGCUCUUCGCAGCGUGGGAUGCGAUUCGAGAUGAGGAGACCCUCCAAGUGACGCUGCAGCUGGAUGAGCCUGGCACGGUCUGGUGCCAAGCUGCUUUGAACGUCUCCACCAGCGGCUUCUGCGCCGAGACGGAGCUUCAAGAUAGUGAUCCUCAAGCGGAUUGCUACUAUGAAAGCUACAUCAAAGGGAACUCCACCGCAGUCUUCCGCAAGGAGGUGCCGGAAGCUUUCCGGGACGUGGAGGUGGAGGUGAACCGAUUGCCCUCACGAGACGGAUCCUUUGCUCCAGUACCGUUGGAGCCCAAGACAGGCUACAAGAUCGUUUGCUUUGCUGAAGACGAUUGGGUCGAGGAGGCUCAGAGCGGUUCGAUCAACUUCGUGGCUCCGCUGGUGGCCAACAAGGUGAGUUUGGGCACAGUUCUUCUCUUCACCGAAAGCAUCGGCAUGGCAACAACGCUGGAUCUGACAGCACCAAACCUCACGAUCCAUAGCACCGCCACCACCGAGGAUGUCAUCAUGGUCUCCGUCUCCUUGGAUGAAGCGGGCACCGUGUGGUGUCGAGCCUUGCGGAAGAACUCUCGAAGUGCAUACGAGGCACCGGAAAUCGUGGCCACCGGCUUUCUGGUCGAAGUGCAAUCCGGCUCAGUGGACCAGGUGAACAUCACUGCUGAGAAUGUGAAGGGGGAUGCUCUGGCAAGAGGUACCGACUAUGAGGUCUAUUGCUUUGCAAGAGAUGUCCUUUGCCUCGGUUGCGAUGCUCCCUCUGGAUCCAGCACACAGGCCAUCCAGGCUUCACGGACCUUCGUGCGCACGGCCGACGCCACUCCACCACGGAUCUAUGUCAUGUACGCCGAGUCCAUCAGCCACGACACCAUCCAGUUGACCCUCCAAAUGGACGAGGGCUCCAAGUUGUGGUGUGGGGCUUGGGAAGCGGAGCCGACAGGCAUGUCCACAGACUUCGAGUCGCUCAUCAAAGAGGCGAACUGCAGCGAGAGCCGUGCAGCGAGGCCCUGUGGCAGCUUUUGGAUCUACGACUUGGACGAUGUCGAGGACACCGCUUUGGAUGGUGUAUCCAGCCUCUCAGACUAUGCGGACGCCUAUCGGAUUGGCCAUGAUGUUCAACUCUCCAUCACGGGGCUCAAGGAAAAGACUGACUAUGCUUACAUCUACUGCUUCGCGGAGGAUGAUGAAACAGAUGGCCUGGGUUCCUCGCCCAACAAGAUGUCCUUCGACGCGACGUCGGCAGCGACGACCGACGCCCGGAGCCUGGUCGCCAGCGUGUCCACGGCCAUCGGCGCCGUGCAGACGCUGGACGAGACGCCGCCCAGCUUCACGGAGCUCUCCGUGGUGGAUCCCACUGCAUCCGAAGGAGUCAUCGUGGUGAGUUUUGCAUUGAAUGAGCCGGGGACGGCGUAUUGUCGUGCCACGAGGUCGGACUCCGGAGAGACCGGCAGCGAGAUGCAUCCGAACCGGAUCAUCGCCGCCGGCUGGUCCGCGGCACAGGGAGGCCCUGGAUUCCCGACGGCUAACAUCAGCCUGACGCAGCUCCGCAGCGAUGUGCCCUACGACGUGCAGCCGGUGGAGAUCUACUCAUCCACGCAGUAUGACGUUUAUUGUUGGGCAAAGGAUGACGCCACCACCACUGCUGGCUUUGAUCGCCGGAACUACAUGUCACAGAGCUACGUCAGCACCGCAGUAGGAGAUCCCAUGCUACCCCUGGGAGGAGCAACACUUGGUGUGUGGGUUGAUGACAGCACACCACCUACAAUGCGCUUCAUAUCGGCUGAAGCCAUCUCGCGCGAUACCAUCCAAGUGACGCUGCAACUGGAUGAGCCUGGCACCAUCUGGUGUGCGGCGGCUGAGCUGGAUUCGAGCUCCGAGUUGCAGAACUGCCGAGAGAGCGAGGUGCAGGACACCGAGCCCAACGAUGCGAUCACGCCGUGCUACUAUGAGACCUUCAUCAAGGGCAGCUCCAGUGAAAACGUGGUCUUCAGCCAUGAAGUACACGACGCUUUCAGAGAUGUUGACAUUGAAGUGAACAGGAUCUGGCAGCGCGACCGAAAUGGCAGCAGCACGCUGCUGCCUGAAACAUCAUACCGAAUCUUCUGCUUUGCAGAGGAUAACUGGGUGUUGAAGACCACCGCCUCAGUGGUGAGUCCCAACUUCGUGGCGCCGAGUUUACCCAACAAGUCGCCUUUUUCACAGGUCCAGGAGCUGACAGCAGCAAUUGGCACCCGGACGACGCUGGACGAAGAUCCUCCAAGCUUCACCUCACUGACCAUCCCGAACCCAACGGCCUCCAACGAUCGUAUCCUGGUGAUCUUUGCACUCAACGAGCCGGGCACUGCCUACUGCCGCGCCCGCCGGGUGGACGUGGAGCCGGGAGAAAGCAUGCACAUCCCGGACAUUCUGGCGGCCGGAUGGUGGGCUUCGUAUGAUUCCGGCUUGCAGAACAUCACCAUGACACAGAUUUCCAGGCCCGACCCUUCCAUUGGUGCUUUGGAGGACGAGACGGCUCCCUUCGAUGAACAGCAACAAUAUGAUGUCUUUUGCUGGGCCCAUGAUGACGCCGUCAAUGGAAGGGGCUUGCCGCGCAGAAACGGGCAGACGGAGGACUAUGUCAACCAUGCUGUCGGUCAGACGAAGACUUCGAACAGCUCUUUGCCGGGCGGAAAGACUUCAGGUGUAUGGGUGGUUGACAUCACUCCGCCCAGCCUCUUGCUCGUGCAAGCCGAAGCCUUGAGUCCUGGAACCCUCCAGGUGCGCCUGCAGCUGGACGAGCCUGGCACCGUCUGGUGUGCCGCGACAGAGGUGCUGUCAGGCACUGUGAACUGCCAAGACAGCGAGCUACAAGAGAACAAUCCAUUGGCAGCCUGCUACUUCCAGGACUACAUCAAAGGCAAUCUGAGUUCCAGCUUCCAAGUGGAGGUGCACGAGGCUUUUCAGGAUGUUGACGUCGAGGUCAACAGGAUCUUGCAGAAAGAUAUGGCUGGCGAUGCCCCGUUAGAGUUGCAGACGACUUACCAAGUCUUUUGCUAUGCAGAAGAUGAUUGGAAGAUCCAGGCGGACAGUGCAAGCAACUCUGCGGACUAUGUGUCUCCAGCAGGUCCACAGGGUAGCAGCCUGCAAUCCGUCCAGUCUUUCGCGCAAAGCAUGGGACAGUUGUCCACAUUGGACGAGGCGCCUCCCAGCUUCACCGUCCUUGAGAUUCAGGACCCCACCGCAGCCGAAGGCAUCCUGGUGAUUUCCUUCGCGCUCAACGAGGUUGGGACCGCAUAUUGCAGGGUCACGCGAAGUGAUUCUGGUGAGACGGCGGCUGACAUGCAGAUCAACAGGGUUUUGACGGCCAACUGGAACGCAGUCUACGACGGAAGCAGCAACGCGACGAUUACCAUGAACAACUUGGAGAACGUCAAUCCGCUUCUCACGAAUCGAGAAGACGAGGUAGCACCCCUGGUUCCAGGGCAGCAGUACGAUGUGUAUUGUUGGGGAAAGGACUCAGCGAACACGACCUUCGGGUACUCACGACCGAACUAUAUGACCUCGGCCUAUGUGAGCACGGCCGUGACGUCGCCCACAGCGCCACUGGGGGGAUACACCAAAGGCGUUUGGAUUGCUGAUACGACGCCGCCCAGCAUGCUCUUGACCUCCUUGGAUGCGCUCUCUGAUACGCAAAUCCUGGUGACCUUACAGCUCGACGAGCCGGGCACCGUCUGGUGUGCUGCAACGGUACCUGACAGUGGCUCCUCCUCCUAUUGCCGCCCCAGCGACCUACAGGACACCGACAACACGGCGCAGUGUUACUACGAGGAUUACAUCAAAGGUUCGGUGGCGCAGGGAACCCGCUUUGAGACACAAGUGCCACAGGCUUAUGUGGAUGUUUAUGUGGAGGUGAACCGCAUCGCGCUGGCGACCGGCACCGGGUCGCCACUCCCUGCGGAGACGCAGUUCGUGAUGCUGUGUUUUGCCCAAGACAAUUGGGACCUCCGUACCCAAGCGGCCUACGCGAAUGGUGAUGGCUCACCGAACUUUGUAGCUCCUCUGCCAAACAAGGUCACCCUGGCGGAGGUGAACAGUUUCAUCGCAGCCACCGUGGCCUCGGGACAAUCGGCCCUGACGUUGGACCUGACUGCGCCAACGGCGACCGCGCGGUCCCUCUACGCGCCAACCAGCUCCGAAUCGAGCUUGGAAGUGCUCUUCUCCGUGGACGAGGCUUCUACGCUCUACUGUUUGGCGGUGUUCAGUGGCGAAGCUACACCACACGUGAGCACCGUGGCCAUCGAAGGGCAAUCGCAAAACUGCUCUGCAGCCUCCUUCGAUGCUGGAGCUUGUUCCGGUCUGAUCUUGACACUUCCUGACUUGCUUCGUGGCCAGUCCUACGACGUACAUUGUCACUUGGAGGAUGACAAUAUCUAUCCUUUGGUACCGAACCGGAACGUCCUGCCGCUCCUCACGGCGCAAGUGAACGACCUGACGCCGCCGCAGCUCUCGGUGGUGCGCGCCAGCGCCGCGGAGCCGAAUCAGAUCACCGUGACACUUCAAAUGGAUGAACCAGGCACUGUUUGGUGCUUUUCUCCAACAGCCAUUGGCCAACUGGUGAGUUCCAGCUGGGUAUUUACUCAUGGUGCGGCCUCUAAGACGCUGGUGGGUGACAUGGACGUCAACAAGAACUUUGAGGUGUCAGUUGCAGUGCGUGGUACAUUGGAACUGCCACUGGAUUCAGAGACGGCCUACGAAACCUACUGCGGCGCCGAGGACCGCGCGACGAAUCCCGACUGCACCGGCUGCACGGUGCCGAACGUCAAUACGCUCACUGAAAUGGGAGCAGUGAGGGAUUCCAUCGGUCAGAUCAUCACUCGUGACGUCGACGCACCAAUCUUCGAUGUCUUGGGAGUUCGAGGCGUCAGCGAUAGUAUGCUGACGGUCACCCUGCAACUCAACGAGCCGGGGACGGCCUACUGUCGAGCCACACGCACCGAUUCCGGUUCCACACAUUUGGAUGUGUCGCUCAUUGUUCAAGCGGGCUACUUGACAGAGAACGACGGCUCGUCCACCUCAUCCAUCGACAUCAACAAGCUUCGCAAUCAUGUGGAUGAGCCACUCUUGACGGAGGGCACGGCCUACGAUGUCUACUGCUGGGCCAAGGACAGUGCACAAGUGCACGCCUGUCGUCCCAGCGGAUCCUCUGUGGCUUGCAGCUUCGAGGAUGCUCCGAACUACAUGGUCCAGAGCUACGUGGAGACCCGCUUCGCGGAGCUGGUGCAUGCACCAGAUCUCGCUAGCGUGGCCAAUGGUGGCCUGGUGGACAUGGUUCGGACCUGGGACAUCACGCCACCAGUCUUGGCGGUCAUUGAGGUGGAGAGUCGCAGCGAGGACUCCAUCACUGUGACCUUGCAGCUGGACGAGCCGGGCACUGCGUAUUGUGCUGCAUAUCAGGUGGACCCUGGAGCCAACGUCACCUUCGCCGAUGUCUUCGCUGCGACGGGCGGACCCUUUAGCUUCGACAUCCCCUCGGACUCGGCGCUGCGGAGCUUCUCGGCGUCGGCCUUCCGGAACUUUCAGAUCACGGUCACCGGCCUGGCGCGCGAGGUGCUGUACUACGUCUACUGCGCAGCGGAGGACGAUGAGUUCGAAGACGGCUGCUUCCAGCGGAACAGCACCGAAAGUCCCACCUGCGGCAACAACGAGGGCAGCCCGGUGCUCACUGAAGCCACUGGCAGGUACACCUUGGAUUUGACCCCACCAAGCAUCACCGUGGUGGAUGCGGUGUCCUAUACCCAGGAUUCUGUGACCGUGACUGUGUCCAUGGACGAGGCCGGAACCGUGUGGUGUACGGCGGUCCUGGACUUGCAACCACCGCCAAGCAUCAGCCAAAUCGUAGCCUUGGGCUUCAAGUCCCCAGCACUUGCCGGAUCCACCGAUGUGGUCAUUCAGGGGCUCAACAGGGACACGGAGUAUGACGUCUAUUGCUUCGCACAAGACGAUGGUACCAUGUCUGCUCAGAACAGCAGCUUGGAAGUCCGAUUGUCGAAGAAGAACGCCAUUGGGUACACAGAGAUGGUGGCCACCAAAAUGGAUGCGCACGUGAUCUACGAUUCAACUGCACCACUUCUGGUGAGCACCACUCCAGUUCACAAUGCAGCUGGCGUGGCCGAGCUGGUGAACAUCUCCCUGACCUUCGAUGAAGACAUCCAGGCCGGAAAUGGCACUGUGCAGAUCCUGGGCACUGGAACUGUCCCCCCGGGAAGGACUCAACCUGCAAGGUCUCCAUCGAUGUCUCCGAGCUGGUCAUCUGGAACAACGUGGCCAGCAUCCCUGGCUCGGUGCACGGCGGCCUCAGCAGCGGAUCCUGGCGGAUCUCGGUGCCGUCGGGCGCUCUGCAAGACCUCGCAGGCAAUUCCUUCGCAGGCAUUCCAGACGGAUCAUAUAGCUUGCAGGUGUGAGAUCACAAACUUGUAGGUGACGAUGACGAAGAACGAUACACAGACGAGGAGACCGACUUAUAUCGAUUAUAACCGGAUGACGAGGGGGACCACUUUGUCACAAGGAGGCCGUGGAGGACACGAAGAUCGCAGAACAGCUGAGCUCGCGGAGGGCCCGUGUGGCCAAUUGCUUCAUGUUGUCUCUCUCGGCGUGUCGCUCGAAAAGAGGCGGACGCCUUAAGGAUCGGCAAAGAGGCGCGAGACAAAA